AUGCCGUCGUUACUCGGGACCUCGCUGUUGGCGCGCCAGAACCCCCUGGACGACGCGAGGAACACCUUUUCGUCAUGGGACAACUGCAUGGCCAAAUCCUACUGCAAAUGGCCAGUUAUUGUCGGAAUCAUCAUUGGUGGUCUCAUCCUCUUCUCAGUGAUUACUUGCAUUGCGCGAUGCAUAUGUUGCGGCGCUGAGUGCGCCUGCUGUUGCUUUAGAUGCUGCGCUUCUUGCUGUGGCGGCGGUCGCCGAGGAAGCUCGCAUCAGCGCAUCAAGAGUGACUCUGGACGUCCAUAUCCUCCUCAAUCGUAUGGCCCACCGCCUCCUCAAGCGAACCCUUAUGCGCAGGCGCAUGCUGCCGCGCCACCUCCACCAGUCUUCAACCCGCGACUUGCAAACCAGCAGCAAUACCAGUCCAACCCCAUGCCCACCUUUACACCUGCCCCGCAACAAGAAAGACCGCAAUAUGCCACAUUCGAUUCAUCCAAGCCUGCAGCAAACGAAGACUCCCUUCCAGCUAUGCCGACGUGGAAGGAAGGUCGGGAUGUGCACGUAGAGGUAGAGGAACAGCCAGUGCCGCAAAAGAAGGGAGACAUGGAGUUGGACAGGCUAGAUCGCAAUGGUAGUGUGACAAGCGGAUCCAUGGGAGGCGUGGCAGCAGCAGCAGUACCUGGAGCAAGACGAUCUCCUGGCCCGGGCAGGUCCCCAGUUUCGCCAGAUUAUGGAUAUCAACAAAACAACUCGUUUGUGAGCGAUGCCCCAUCUUACAACAACAACCAGGGACAGUAUGGUCAGCCAUAUGGCCAGCAAGGUGGAUAUCGCCAGGGCUCGCCUGGACAGGGUCGAUCUCCAGUGUAUGGAGCCGGUGCAGGGUACGGCCAGCAGCAACAGCAACAGCCAUAUGGUCGACGUUCACCAGGACCAUCCCAAGCAUACGGUUCCCACGACCAGCAGAGCCAACAGAGUGAUAUACACGCACCGUACCAGGAACUGCCAACGUCCUACAACCAACCCCAGCAGUCAUACAAUCAACCACAAUCAUCUUACAACCAACCGCAGUCAUACAACCAGUCAGCGCCCUACAACAACCACCAAGACACUUACGACCAACGAGACUACCCCGAUGAGCCCACGCACAACUACUCAUCCCAGGCACCCGCCUCCAACGCAUACAACUACAACGCAAGCAUAGCCCCCUCGUACCACACCUACGACCCAGCACCACCACCCGUGCAACCCCUACCCUCACCACCACCACCACAAUCCUCGGGCCCCCCACCAUCCCUCACCCCCGGCCGCCCCGCCCAAACAACCUCGCCGGUAUCAGCGUACCCAGGCCAGAGAUCCUACACUCCGGCUGCGGACACAGUAGCACCACCACAACAACAAGCACCGCCGCAGCCUUCGUACCGAGCUUUUACCCCCGGAGCUGAGACUCAGCAGCAGUCACAGCAGCAGCAGUAUGGGGGCGUAGGCAGGAAACCAAUGGAUGGGUCAUACAGGGAUAUAUAA